AUCGAUUCCCCGUCUUCUCCUGUUCCAUUCACAUAUUCACAGCUUCGAUCUCCGCGCGCACUUAGCAUAUGAUAGGGCCCGGCACAUAUCGGCAUCAUACCCACAACAUUUUCCCGUCGUUCCUGUCGGCUCUGCGCAGACAGUAAUGCCAAACCCAUAUCUCUUGUAAUUUUACCUUGGCUGGAUUUUUUUAUUCCGUAUUCUGAUGUGUUAUUAUCAAUCCUAAUCUCCGGGCUGGUUGGGAAAGGCGAUAUUGGUUUAAUCUGUGUCCUUUGUUGCGACGGUGCAACGAGGGUACGAGCUAGCGACAAUGCUACAAGAAUGUGACGGCCCUAUAUGGGUCGUCGAUGAUAUAACCAGGUGUUUUCAAGAAAAGUACCUGAACCUCAUUUUCCCGCUGGCAUCCUGUACCAUAUCUCUCCUGUUUAUCGCUAUACGCUUCCUUAGGGAUAGGCUUUCUGCGCGGAAAAUAAAGCACUACAGGCCAAUUCCAACAGAUGUCCCUACCCGCAAUGGAAUGGUGAGAGAAGAAUUAGCAGAUGCGGAAGACGAUGAAGAAAGCGACCUGAUGCUUCACAAGGCGAUGAGCAGGACUACGGAUGCAGCUUUGGAUCUGGAUGCGCCGCGAGGCAAACUGCUGCUGAUAAUAAUAGAAAUACUCGCAGUAGCUGGGCAGGUCGCGGUUAACGCAUGUGCCAUCUCGAACCUCAAAGAACCGAUUAUUCCGUCUGUGGCUCGUCUGUCGGCUUGGAUAUACAUUUUUCUAUUGGUCGCUACGAGGUUAAUCCUGUCACUCCACGAACGCCCUUCGGUUACCAAUCUCUGGAAUCAUACCGCCGCACUUUACGGCCUUCAAUGGCUUUUCAUAGUCUUCAUUUUUCGCUCGGUAAUCGUCCACCCGGAAAGGCAUCAUGAUAAUUUAUUUGUGAUAGCCGAUUUUUCGUUGUCUUCGUUCCUUUUCUUCCUGGCAGUGUCUACUAGGAAAGGCAACAGAGCAGUCCUCAUUCAACAUGGCGAAGACCUGAUUCCCCCCAAAGACCAGUUUGCGAGUCUUUUGUCUCUCAUGAGUUUCUCGUGGAUGGAUUCUCUGAUUUGGCAGGGAUACAAGAAGGCCAUGGAAAUGCCAGAUGUUUGGAAUCUGAGGCCAAGCUAUCAAGCUGCUGCUGUGAUCAUGGACUUCCGCCGAACGCGGACUGCAUCCAAGUUGGCAUGGAGCCUCUUUCGUUACUUCGACCGCACACUGUUGAUCCAAGGAAUUUGGACAAUUUUCGCUGGCUUGUUCACCUUUCUACCCACCUGGCUGUUGAAGCUCAUAUUGGAAUAUGUGGAGGAUCCUUCUUCUGUGCCGCGUAAUGCAGCUUGGUUCUAUGUUAUGCUGAUGUUUUUUUGUGGGAUCAUACAAGCUGUUGGUGAUGGUCAAGCACUAUGGCUAGGUCGAAAGCUUAGUGUCAAAUUUCGGGCUAUUAUUAUCGGCGAGCUAUAUGCCAAAGCCCUGCGAAGAAAGGCUGGUGCCUCCUUACCCGCCCCCGUAGAUGGAGAAGAAGGCAAUUCCAAGAAAAAGAGCAAGGUGUCAAAGAAGAAGAAGAAUAAGAAAGUUGACGAUGAUGACGAAGUGGAGCUUUUUGGGGAUGAGAAGUCCGAAUACCCUGCCAAUAUUGGUAAAAUCAUCAACCUCAUGGCCAUCGACUCCUUCAAAGUCAGUGAAAUUUCCGCAUACUUACAUUUUCUCUGGGCAAGUGUACCGGUUCAGAUUAUUGUUGCAAUAUUCCUGCUCUACAGGCUUCUAGGCUCUAGCUCUUUCGCCGGUAUUGCCCUGAUGCUUCUCAUCGCUCCGUUUAACAUGUUCAUUGCCUCUCAGUUUCGACAUGUCCAGAACAGCAUUUUGGCUGCGACAGACUCGAGGAUACACGCAACCAAUGAGGCAUUGCAAAAUAUUCGCAUUAUCAAGUAUUUCGCAUGGGAACAGCGAUUUGAAGAUAUCAUUAAUGAGAAACGACGGGUCGAGUUGAAGAAUCUUCGCAGGCGAUAUAUAUUGUGGGCUGUUGCUGCAACGGUCUGGUAUGGCACACCGUAUAUCAUCACUUUUGCUACUUUCUUUAUCUAUACAGUCAUUGAAGGAAAGAGGCUGGUGCCGUCAAUUGCUUUCCCCGCCCUUUCACUGUUUUCGCUUCUUCGAGUCCCCCUGGAUCGAUUGGCAGACAUGGCAGCCCAUGUACUUGAAUCCAAGGUCUCUAUUGAUCGUGUUGAUCAGUUUUUAAGUGAGGAAGAGACAGAAAAGUAUUGUCAACUGCGCCGUACAUGCCACAGCGAGCCGUCGAAGAUCGCUCUCGAGAAUGCAACUCUCUCGUGGGGCUCUAGAAAUAGUGCGAAGGUGGCGGAUGGCAAUGGUGCGACUCCGGAUGCAUUCCGUCUCAUCAACGUCAACGUAUCGUUCCAGGUCGGGAAGUUCAAUGUUAUUUCCGGACCGACUGGUUCUGGCAAGACAUCUAUGUUGAUGGCACUCUUGGGUGAAAUGAGACUCGUGGAAGGGGCAGUCUAUCUUCCCGGUGGAACCAGUGACCGAGUAGAUCUACCCAUCGAUCCAGUUACAGGUCUUACCGAAAGUGUGGCGUACUGUGCUCAAGAAGCCUGGCUUGUUAAUGCCACCAUUCAGGAUAACAUUUUAUUUGCCCUGCCUUACGAUGACGGCCGAUAUAACGCUGUGAUCAAGGCUUGCGGGCUGGAAAGGGACUUGGAGAUCCUUGACGCUGGUGAUCAGACUUUGGUUGGCGAGAAGGGCAUCAGCCUCUCGGGAGGACAGAAGCAGCGAAUCUCCUUAGCCCGAGCUAUGUACAGCAAUGCUCGACAUCUUCUUCUUGACGACUGCCUAAGCGCCGUGGAUUCACACACUGCCAAGCAUAUUUUUCAACAGGCCCUGAUGGGGCCAUUAAUGAUGGGUCGUACCUGUAUCCUAGUCACGCAUAAUGUGUCAUUGGUGUUGUCACGGUGUGACUAUCUGGUUGUCCUUGAUAACGGGCGGGUUGUGUCUCAAGGCUCUCCACAAGACGUUGUCUCGUCCGGUGCUCUUGGCAAAGAAUUUCUUCAGUCCCGACCUCCAUCUCGAAGUCAGUCCCAAGCAGUCUCCGAGGCACAGUCUCGUGCGGAAGAAGCGAGCAUUGAGGAACAAGAAAAUACGCGCGAAACCAACAAUAAGCCAAGCGAUGAGAACGAAACCAAUGGAGCGGCAAAGAAACCAAAGAAGUCUGGGGUUAUCACGGAAGAAGAGAAAAUCACAGGCAGUGUCCCGCUCUCAACUAUCUUCAUGUACCUGCGAGCUAUGGGUCCGUGGUAUUUCUGGGCCAUCGCAAUAACUGCCUUUUUUUGCCAGCAGUUUGGCUCUCUCGCUCCCAAUAUAUGGAUUAGGAACUGGGCGAACGCAUACAAAUCUACUACCGAUGAGAAUGAAAACCGGGGUUUCACGAACCUUCAUGUCACCACGCUCAGUAACGCCAACAUUCCACGGCCCUACUGGUGGCCAUCAUCAAUGAUGAAAUCCACUAGUGAGGUCUCAUUCAGCGUGAACGUCGAUGUUGUGUACUAUCUUACCGUCUACGCCCUCCUAGCGGUCAUCUACAUCAUUGUCUCCCUCUUCCGAGAAUUAGUACUCUUCUGGGGUUCUCUACAUGCAUCCUGGAAAAUACAUGGAUGGCUACUACGCGCGGUCGCGCACGCAAAGUUCAGAUUUUUUGAUUCAACGCCUCUGGGUCGCAUUAUGAACCGCUUCUCCAAGGACAUUGAAGCGAUUGACCAAGAGGUUGCUCCUACUGCAAUUGGCAUGAUCCAUUGCAUGGCUUCUGUCUUGAUGAUUGUUGUGUUGAUAUCUGUUAUUACACCUGGCUUCCUGAUUGCCGGAGUGUUCAUCACAUUACUGUACUGCGCGCUUGGGUCUCUUUAUCUUUUCUCUUCCCGUGAUCUAAAGCGGUUAGAAUCCAUACAACGCAGCCCUCUAUACCAACAAUUUGGGGAGACUCUGAACGGCGUAGUUACGAUCCGAGCGUAUGGUGACGGCGCCCGAUUUAUUUUGGAUAAUCAUCGCCUCAUCAACAAAUAUAACCGACCGUAUCUUUAUCUAUGGGCAAGCAAUCGAUGGUUAUCUUUCCGGGUUGAACUUAUAGGAGCCAUAGUAUCGUUUUUCUCCGCUGUGUUUAUCUUACUUAAUGUUGGUCGCAUAGAUGCCGGAGCUGCAGGUUUGUCGUUGACAUAUGCCAUCACCUUUACCGAAAAUAUCCUGUGGCUGGUUCGGCUGUAUGCGGAAAAUCAGCAAAAUAUGAACUCUGUUGAACGGGUGGAAGAAUAUCUCAGGGUUGAACAGGAGGCACGAGCUAUUGUCCCAGAUAAUAGGCCUCCACGUAACUGGCCGAGCAAGGGAGCAGUGAAAUUCGUUGAAUAUUCGACUCGCUAUCGGCCCGAUCUCGAUCUCGUUUUGAAGCGUGUCAGUUUCUCUGUGCAGCCUGGCGAAAGAGUGGGUAUUGUCGGAAGAACUGGUGCUGGAAAAAGCUCCUUGGCUCUUGCGCUCUUCCGUGGCCUUGAGGCUGAGAAUGGUAAGAUCAUUAUCGACGACGUUGACAUUGGCUUGAUCGGCCUUCAGGACCUUCGAGAGGCCAUCACGAUCGUUCCUCAGGAUCCAACUCUUUUCACUGGUACAAUACGCAGCAACCUCGAUCCGUUCGGAGUCUUCACAGAUGAGGAGAUCUUUACGGCCCUUCGACGAGUUCAUCUCAUCGGUGCCGCCAGCUCUGCCCAGCAAUCUGAUGUGGAAUCUCUGGUUCAGGCUACUCGGAGCUCCAUCACGUUAUUGGAGAGUGAGCUCAUGGAUUCGGACACGGAUAUUUCAUCCAAUGCCCGCUUCCGCGACAAUAAAAACCUCUUCCUAAAUCUCUCAUCUCCAGUCACGGAAUCUGGCUCCAACCUUUCUCAAGGUCAACGACAACUCCUAUGCCUUGCGAGAGCCCUCCUCAAAUCUCCCAAGGUUCUCAUGAUGGAUGAAGCGACAGCAUCCAUUGACUACGCAACCGAUACCAAAAUCCAGGACACGCUCCGAGAAUUGAAGGACAAUACGAUCAUCACCAUUGCGCAUCGACUGCAAACAAUUAUCGAUUAUGAUAAGGUUCUGGUCCUGGACCAUGGCGAGGUGAUUGAGUUCGAUGGGCCAUGGCAACUGAUCAACAAAGAGGGCGGUGUGUUCAGGAGUAUGUGCGAAAAUAGCGGGAACAUGGAAUCACUGAUUGAAGGCGCAAAAAAGGCUUGGGAGCAGAAGAGACUAGUUGACGACUCGUGAAGAUCUGUUUGUUGACCAUUGUGCCUCUUUGGCGUCUGUUUCUUUCUUUCUUUGCUUCAGAAAAAAGCCCUGGGAGUUGCUCUGGUUGAAUGGGUUAAAUUUUUUUUUUUUUCCCCCCCACCACAUCGCGCAUGCAUUUUGAAUACUUCAUAGCCAGGUUUAAAGAUAGAAAUCAAACAAAUCCUGAUUCAUUGAUUGCGCGUUGCCUUCUUC